AUGAUUCUCGUUGGUCCUGCGCGAAAAUCGAGCCGUUCCGCUGCUGUUUUUCCACUGAUGGCACUGCUGGUGCUCCAGAUGCUGCUGAAUCACAAGCAGAAGCAAGAACUGUCCCAGCCGUCCAGGAUUCAGGUAAAGUCUCUUUCUCUCAGCAACUCCAGUGUGGAUCGCAACGACUUGAUAACUCAUUAUCAGUGUGAUUGGCAUCGCCAUAAUUUGCGUCGUAUGCUGCAAGGCCGUCCACUGCUAACCGAGGAUGAAUUCGAGCAAAAAAUAUCGGAUGAUGAUGAAGUGAGUUCAUUGGAUUCGGACAGUGAUGACGACGACGACGAUGGUGGUGAUUUGCCGUUGGCCGAAGGAUCGCAUGCAUAUUUUGUAAGUGAUAACGAAGUUUUUUCGAUAUAUCGAUGUAUUUUGCGGCACAAUGAAACGAUUUCCUCGGAUUUGUUCAAGCGCCCAUUGGAUUGCACCAUUUUGCUACUUGCUGGUGGACAUUUUUCUGGUGGUAUUUAUAAAAAUGACGUUUUAAUAACCCAUAAAUGCUUUCAUCGUUAUGUUAUUCGAGCAAAACAAGGAAGUUUGCAAUCAGCAUCGGAUGCACGUGGAAGCAAAUCAAAAAGCUCAGGCGCUUCAUUGAGGAGGCAUAAUGAAAGAGCACUGUGUAAUGAAAUACAACGUUUACUGGCCAGUUGGUCUGAUCAUUUUGAAGAAACCCCACUUAUCUUUCUACGCUGCUCAACAGUACAGAGGCAAAUUUUCUUUGAAAAAUCAAAAAAUUUUCAUCUGGAGAAAAGUGAUGAUCGUAUUCGGGCAAUACCGUUUGAAACACGUCGACCAACUUUAGAGGAGUUGAAGCAAACAUGGUUGAGGCUUAAAUUACUGGCAAGGAAAAUGAUACGCAAAAAAAGAAGGCGUCUGUUUCGGCGUAAAAUCAGAGAAAGCGUAAGUGGCGGCGGUCGAUUGAGUGAAGAAGCAUCAUCAUCUGAAUCAGCUGAAGUCGAAGAAUGUGCGACAGAUCGAUCCAAAUCCAACCAAAAUCGUAUGCCGGAAAGGCGAAAGUAUCGGGCGGCAGACGAAAAUGAAAUCUUGAACAGCUCAGAAAUUCAGUCAAUCUACGGUGCAGUUCGUUUGAAUUCCGUCUCAGCUUUACGUCAACUGUUGGAUGAAAAUGAAGCGAAAAAAGAGAAUUUGCUGAAAUAUAUUCGAGAAAAUAGGUUUCCACCGGAUGGCUCAACUCUGCUGCACCUCGCUUCCAGAAGAGGCUUCGUGGAAAUUAUAAGUCUGGCGCAGAAUCGUGCCGUUCGUCAAGCUUUCAGUCGAUUUCGGUCCGAACAUCCGAAUGCAUUCAACUGGAAAAUCAGUCAAAUACCUGAAAUUGUGGAGCCGAGUGAAGAAUAUUUAGCUGCAAAGAAGCAAAUUCAAAGGGAAAAGAAGAAACAGCUUGUAUCGUUCCCAUUUGUGUGCGGUUCCGUUUUGAAUGUGACGCCGUUUGAAUACGAUGAUUGCCGUUUCUGUUCACUUCCAUGUUUGAAGCAACAUCGACAGCAGAAUCCAGCCCGACUUCCUCCAUGA